CAAUCGGUCUCUCUCAUUCGGCAUCAACCCAACUUCACCUCCUUACUCACCAAAAUUCUCUCCGAAGUUAUCAUCAUCUGUCUCACUCAAUUUGUUCUAUUCAGCUUCGCUAAUCACUACUACUACUACUAAAACUAAAACAUUUGUUUAAGAUUACUCGAUCAAUUUUCAGAAGAACGAUAUGCAGCAGAAAAUUAUACUGUCUCUUGAUUUACACGACGACAGAAGAAAACAGAAAGCCAUGAAAUCCGUUUCGGGUAUUUCAGGGGUUGAUUCAGUGUCAAUAGAUAUGAAAGACAAGAAAUUGACAGUGGUUGGAGAUGUUGAUGCAGUAUCUAUCGUGAAGAAACUAAGAAGACACUGUCAUACGACGAUAGUUUCAGUUGGUCCAGCCAAAGAACCCGAAAAGAAAAAAGAAGAACCAAAGAAAGAAGAGCCGAAAAAAGAAGAACCAAAGAAAAUUGAAUUCGCUUAUAGUUAUGGAGCUUACAAUCCUCCUAUCCCUACAUAUUAUUAUGAUCCUUAUAUGACUACAUAUUAUGUGUAGAAUGCUGCACAAAACCAUAAUUUUGUAGUCAAUCCAAGAAUGUGUACGUUUCGGCCGCACUUAAUCUGCUUAAUUUAUUAAUGUACUUUAACAUUGUUCUUCAUUCUAA